AUGGAUCUGUAAAGUUCACAAAGUUUAGACCUAGAUGAGUACGACGACAAUGUCUUCAUCACAAGUCUUAAGAAUCCUAAUCAGCGGAAAUCUUAGACCAUCAUCUCGAUAUCUCCUGAUGUAAGUCGCAAGUCAAAGAAAAUCAGUUUUCCUCCCAAUUCACUUCAAGUACCACAUCUUAAAGAUCCUUUGAGAAAAUAUUCAGUAUCACCCUCAUAAAAGUCAAUGAUUUCAUCACCCUCCCUUCAUCCAAAGAGUCCAAGGAUUGACAGUCCGAGUAAUGCUAGGUCCCUGUCACUGCUAAAGAGGAAUACUAUAUUUGGAGAUAAGAUUAUGCCGAAAUAGCCAGCCCUCAUUCCAAGGUUCUCACUCCUGAAAUCAAUAGUCAAAUCGUAAACUCAUAAUAUGACUAAAACUGAAGAUGAGAGCAACGCAUUAGCCAUCUUGGGAGACUAUCAUAAUAAAUUUGAAGCGAGGUUGUUUCAAAGGAAAUCCCUAAAGAUAAUUAAUUUCACUCCUGUAGACUGGAAAAGAUUUGAGGGUCUGCCACUUAAACCAGGGAUACAUUUCUUUAAAAUGUUUACCUCUAUCAAAAAAACUAAGGUAUCAAUCGAAGCAUAUCACAAAGCUGAGUUGACUUGGGACGAGCCAAUGGUUAUAGAAAAGAGAUUUCCUCAGUUUAUGAACUAAACUUACAAAGUAAAGAUAUCAUAAUAUAAUAGAGCAUUAUAGACAAUUAUGAGUGAGGAGCAGUUUUAGAAUUAUCUUUCAAAUGGUCUGGAUUAAAGUUGCAUUAUCUAGACAUUUGUUAGACCCACUUUUCCUGGUAGGCCAGCGUUUUAUAGAAUAGUGUAUCGAAAUCAAAACGUAAAGCAAUCAAAGAGAAAGCCAAACUACGGAUUCCUAAUAACAAACAAACUGAAGAAUGUAAACUAUAAGGAAUACAAGAAGUUCAAGAAUCUGAAUCAAAACACCAGCUAGAACUAGUAUUCUAGUUUGUUUUAUCAUGAUAGCCAGAGUUACACCUAGAAACAUAUAGUGAAUGUAGACCAGCAGGAUCUGAGCAACUGCGAGAUUUAUAUGAUCAGAAACUUUCAGGUGCUUGAGCAUCGUCUUGAAGAGAUGGCUUAGGAACUGAUAAACUUUAUCAAUGGCAUCUAUGGCUUUAGAAUUAAGUAGGUAGUGGUAGACUUUAUAAAAGACAGCUAGGGGAACUACUAUCUUACUGACUUGAAGAACUUCACCUUUGACGAGUUUGAAAAGAUCAGGUAUCUGCGAAUAAAGCAUGAAAAUCCUUCUGUUCGCUUAUAAAAUAGGCAGUAGCUGUUAGAAAGAGCUUGCUUGACUUACAAGUGCUCACUCUGCCUGUAAAAGUAUCAAAAGAACUACGUGCAGAACACAAUCACUAAGAAAAUGUUGUAUAAACUAAAUGCUCAUUUGACUAAGCGUGGAGUGUUUUUACUUCAACAUCUGGAGAAAUAUCAGUUUCAAUAGGAAUUCUGCAAAGUCUGUGAUCAGUGCAACCUGCUUGUGAUUGCUGAACUAGAACUUAUGGAGGUGGAGAGAUUGUAUGCAAUAGCUCAAAAUAUACCGUCUAAGGAGUAUAAUAAGAUAAAGAAGGAUGAUGAUGCCAAGAUUUAGAUUGGAGCUCUGCAUACCAACUAACUUACACAGUGGAGACUGAUGUUUAUGUUCAAGGAGAUUAAAGGGGUAUCUAGUGAACAGGUUAUGGCUCAGUGCUAAAGUGGCAGUCUCUUUUUGCAUCUUAAAAUUCUAGACUUUAUAACCUCUCUGGAGAUAAGCAAAGCAAAUCAGACUAAGUAGACUUUCAUCUAGAGUUUCAACCUUAAUAAGAACUCUUAAAACACCAAAGAUCAACAGCAACAGUAGCAAAAGGAGAACAUUGAUUCCACUAACAAUACCUACCAGAGUAGUAACUUGAGAGAUAGUAGACUGAAGCUGAAUAGCAAUAUGGGCAAGAAGAUAACUAUUAUGGAUACAACCAGCCUUAAGGAUGGAGAUGGCUACUUACAUUUAAUUCACAAUGAUUCCAAUAAUAACAACUACGCCCCCAAGCUCAAUGUCAUCUAUGAGUACUAAGAGACCUCUCCUUCUAUCUUGAUUAAUAAGAUAAGAGUGCAUUUCUUUUUCACACAGGAUAACAACAAGGAAGAGUUCUGGAAGUUUCUAUCAAACACUGAGAUCGAGAUCAGACUAACUGAUGGACCGUACUGGGAAGGAGAUCUUAUUGGAACUUGCACUGGGUUUCCCUUGCAGUACUUCAAUGAUAAACAUGAGAUUUAACUUUAGCCCUGGUAGUACUACUUCUUUGGGCCAAUUAAUAAACUGCCUUCUGAAGUAAAGGAUGAUAUGCUGAUAGAUGACUCAAACACUUCAAGCUUCAUAUCAACCUAGCGGACUAAAUAUGAUUCGAUGAUUGAUUUCACAGUGAGUUUGAAGAAGGACUAAAAGGUCUAAAUCUCUAAUAAUGUAGACUUGUAUUAAGUGAAUGGAGUGCUGUUCCCAGAGAAUAACUAUUUCAGUCCUCUGCCAAUGCCAAAGGAAUGGAUUGAAAUCAUUUAGCUGUUUAGCAAUUAGAAGACCAUGAGGAAUUCCACUCUAAAUUAUAACAACACCUUUCAAGAACAUGAAGAGACUUAGUCAAAUAAACUGAGGUCUAUUAGUCCCAAUUAAACUUCAAGCAAGGAUAAACACGAUCUGAAUAACAAUAGCAGUGCUAAGAAGCUUACUAGUAAGGUAAAUGAUUUCAGCAAGCGCAAAAAUAGUGACAAUGAACUGAUUGAAUUCGGCUCGGAGAACUAUGAUGGCAUUAAGAACACUCCUUUUUCUAAAGACAUGCAGAAGAACUUUUCACACAGUCUUAAGAUAUUCAAGACUGUUUAAGACUAAGAACUGCUAUCAAAGAAAUUAAGCAAUAUGAACUCAGUCAGUCCAAUCUUCAGGUAGAAUAUUCAAAGCAGGAAUAAAUAUAAAGAGGCCUUGCAAACUCAGGAUUAGAUUGAUAUCACAGAUGAUCAUAUAUUGCUUCAGUAGCUUAAACUGAUAGAUACCAAGAAUUAAACACUAAGAGAGGUCAAUACUCACUAUGAUCCAAAGUUCAUAUACUCCUCAAGUCAAGCAGUGAAAAAGCUCUAACAAAUUAAGAAGUAGAAGGAGAAGUUAUAGAACAAUAACAACAUCAAUAAUAAUAAUAACGGUAAUGACUCAUUGACUAAGUUUGGAGGGAAGUAGGACAGGUAUAAGUUCAAGAACUAUCAGAUUGAGCAUGAAACUAUUUUGAAUCAGAGAAAGCAAGUUGUUUAUUAGCUUAAGAAGAAGAAUUAUCAGGCAAUCAAGGAUAUCAUUAAGUCCAAGAAGCAAUAGAUGCUGAAUAUAAUACCAGAUGAUAACUUCAUUAUAGGAUCAUCGCCUUAGCAUAAAAAGUUCAAAAUCAAUGAUGAGUUUGAGAAUAAAAACCUCUAUGGAGACAGUUUGACAGUUACUAGGAAAAAUUCCCUUAAGAACGCAAGAAGACCAUCAAUGAUAGAGACUAAAAUAUCAACUGAAAAACUUAAUGUCUAUGAACCUCUUUACGUCUCCUAAAAGACCAAUCCCUAGCCCUUAAAGAAAUCUAACUCGAUUGUCAAGCAGAAGAAUUCCAACAUUCUGGCUAUGAAUAGAACAACUAACAUAUUCCAUGUGGUAUCUUAGACUUUUAAAGACUAUGAGCGCUCUAACUAGGAUUUAAAGAAUUAUGACAUACUCACUCCAAGAUCUAAAAAGGUGAGAACUAGCAAAGACCUGAGUGAUGACUUUGAUACAAUUAGCAAAGAGACAUUUGACAGAGAUAAGAUCCUCAUACCAGAUCUAAAGAAGAAUGCCUCAGGUUCAAAAAUAAAUAACGAAGUUAUCAGUGAGGAGUCUAUGGAUCUAAGCUAAGGGGAGGACAUCAAGCCCAAGAAGGAGCAAUUCGAUGGGCAAAAGACUAUGACUGCUAUGAAACCCCCACUCUUAGCCAAACCUCCACAAAAGACUAAGGAUCGUAUUUAGAGUGCUUAAGUCUCAAACAAGAAUAAAAGCUAGAGUAUUAUGAGGACUACCUUCUACAACUCACAUUCAAAAAUUUCAAAGAUCUCGCCAAAGAAUAAUACCUCUACAAAUUCCUCUGCAUUUAAAUAAUUCCUGCCAUAUUUGACAAAGUCCAAUUUUCAUAGCACGAUAGAGGAUCAUAACUCAGAGGAGGAGAAUAAUAACACAAUUAAUCAGUACAUCUCCAAUAUUAACACAUUCCAAGCAACCACUUCAAAUAUUCAAGGAUACAAUCUCAGUAAUAUGUUUAGAGGUACAAUCAAUGAAGCUGGCAAUACAUAGUCAGCUGAAAGGAAGAUAAGCAAGGGAAUGAAAAGAAAAAAGAGACACAGAGAGUUCUAGGAAAGGUAUGGCGGAAUACUUUUAGGUGAUCUUAGGAAAGGCAUGAAAAAUCUCACUAGAAGCCAGUAGCACAUUUCUAAAGAUCUUGAGACUUCUCUUAAAAAGACUUCUGUUUAUCAGGAAUAGAUCAUUAAAGUUUACGGUAUAGAGGGUGAAAAGCAGCUGGUCAAGACUUCUUUACUCUAGAAAAGAUGA